AUGUCUAAUUCAGUUGACAGCUCUACUGAUGCUUCCUUGAAAUUCUGGAAUGAAUUCAAACUUGAACGUCAAGGAAUUGCCGAUCAACUCGAACGUUCAAAGACUAUUCCCACAUCUCAGUUACCUGAACAUUUCAACAACAUCCUCCAAACAAUCAAUCGCCUCGAAAAGGAAUUGACAAAAGCAACAGAGUACAUUCCACCUUAUGAUGAACGACAAUAUUCAAUGCAAAUCAGAUCGUUGGUUCAAGAUUUGGAGACUGAACGAACAAACUUGACUCCAAAACCAAAGUUUUCGUUUAAGUCGAGAAAAACAAAGGCAAAGACACCUACAACUACACCUACAACUACAGAUACUCCAACAACUGAUACAGUUGCUGUCAAACAUGAACCUGGUUGGGUGGAGGAUGAGACAAUGCUUCGAUUUUCAGAUAUAUCUAACCAGUGGCUGACCUUGGAAGAUUCUCGCCCGCCCGGAAAACAGAGUGUAGAUGUCUCAUUGUCAAAUCUGCAUAGAUGUGUUGUAUCCUUGUUGGAUGACACUAUACGUGUUUCUGCUCUACAUGUCAAGAAUGUAACCGAGUGUGUCAUCUUGUGUGGUUCAAUCGAAGGAUCAGUAUUGUUGUAUGGAUUCUCAAGAUCAGUCAUGGCAAUCGAUUGCCAUCAAUUCCGUAUGCAUGAUGCUGUAAACGUGGAUAUUUUGUUAUGUGUGUCUAGUCGUCCAAUUAUUGAAGACUGUGAUCAAGUUCGUGUUGGUCCUUUAAAAAACAACGAGAAAAAAGAGCCUUUUGUAAAUUACUUUGAUCAAAUGGAAGACUUCAAUUGGCUCAGAAAACAAGCUUCACCACACUGGAGAGUUUUGACAGAGGAUGAAGCUACAAAACUGAACACAUCAGUGGUGGAUGAUUUAGAAAAGCUAACUUCUCUUCCCCAAAAAGAACAUCUCGAUGCUUUUCUUGAAUUUAUCCCUAAACCUUAAUAUUACCAUUGACCUCUUCUUUAUUUUGCAAAGAAAAUAACUAAACCAAAUAAUUAAACGCAAAAGCAU